CCCAGCCGAACGCGAUUUUCACAACAUCACCAACUCUCACAUCACCGCCACCGCCGUGGAGAAACCACCAUCACCACCAUCACCGCCAUCAUCAUCACCGUCACCGCCAUCGGCACCACCGCGUUCUGCGUUCUCCGCUCGCGAUGAAUCUUCCCACGUGGAGUCUGCCCGCGUGGCUUCUCGUCUGCAGCCUCCUCCUCCACUCGUCGCUCCAGAAGAGUGUCUACACCCCCAACAAUCGCUACCGAGACAUCGGCAACAGUCACCACGGCAGCCAACAGCAGCAGGGCCCUCAGUCGCGGCCUUCUUCAGGACAGGCCCACAUCCCCGUGGGCCUCAAGGCCGGCUCUUCACAGAGCCUCAAUCCCGACUACGCCCCCCCAGUGCUGCCCCUGUCCGGCCACGUCCUGCAACACGCCACCUACAACCAGCAGCAGCAGCAGCAGCAGCAGCUGCAGCAGCGGCUACAGCAGCAGCACCUCCGCUACCGCCUCCAGCCGGUGCAGCGUCAACCCGGCGGCUCGUGGAGGCCUCAAGUUGGCAGCCCGAAGGCCGGGCACGGUUUCUCGGCCCGGUACUUCGGACCGCGCCCCUACGGCUAUCGGCAGGGCUCGGUGAAGGCUGCCACCUCGGUCGGAGCGUCCAUUGGAGGAGCAGGAGGCACGCAGAAAUACCUCGGCCCUCACGGCCUGAGCCCCGGCGCCGGGCUCAGGCCCAGCCCGCGCUUCCCGGAGCGAUACGCCCACGCGGGAUCCCAGGAGGGCCUCAAGGCCGGAGUGCAGGGCCUGGGCGCUCUCAGAUACCCCGACGUGGACUCGGGGGCAGGGUACCACCACGCCGGUGCACGGCAGCGAUACCCGGAAGGAGCCAAAUCCGGAUCGCAGAGUCUCGAAGGGCACGGGUACCCUGACGUGAGUGUGAAAGUAGCCGAAUCGCAGAAUCUCGGAGGACUGGGAUACCCUGGCGUUAAUCUGAAGGCAGGCGGGUCUCAGAGUCUGGGAGGACAGGGAUAUCCUGACGUGAGUGUCAAGGCAGGUGGAUCUCAGAAUCUGGGACGACAGGGAUAUCCUGACGGUAAUCUGAAGGCAGGCGGGUCUCAGAAUCUGGGACGACAGGGAUAUCCUGACGGUAAUCUGAAGGCAGGCGGGUCUCAAAAUCUGGGACGACAGGGAUAUCCUGACGUUAAUCUGAAGGCAGGUGGGUCUCAGAAUCUGGGACGACAGGGAUAUCCUGACGGUAAUCUGAAGGCAGGUGGGUCUCAGAAUCUGGGACGACAGGGAUAUCCUGACGUUAAUCUGAAGGCAGGCGGGUCUCAGAAUCUGGGACGACAGGGAUAUCCUGACGGUAAUCUGAAGGCAGGCGGGUCUCAGAAUCUUGGAGGACAGGGAUAUCCUGACGUUAAUCUGAAGGCCGGUGGAUCUCAGAGUCUGGGAGGACAGGGAUACUCUGAGGUUAACUUGAAGGCAGGCGGAUCUCAGAAUCUGGGACGACAGGGAUAUCCUGACGGUAAUCUGAAGGCAGGCGGGUCUCAGAAUCUUGGAGGACAGGGAUAUCCUGACGUUAAUCUGAAGGCCGGUGGAUCUCAGAGUCUGGGAGGACAGGGAUACUCUGAGGUUAAUCUGAAGGCAGGCGGAUCUCAGAAUCUGGGACGACAGGGAUAUCCUGACGGUAAUCUGAAGGCAGGCGGGUCUCAGAAUCUUGGAGGACAGGGAUAUCCUGACGUUAAUCUGAAGGCCGGUGGAUCUCAGAGUCUGGGAGGACAGGGAUACUCUGAGGUUAAUCUGAAGGCAGGCGGAUCUCAGAAUCUGGGCCGACAGGGAUAUCCUGACGGUAAUCUGAAGGCAGGCGGGUCUCAGAGUCUUGGAGGACAGGGAUAUCCUGACGGUAAUCUGAAGGCAGGUGGGUCUCAGAAUCUGGGAGGACAGGGAUACUCUGAGGUUAAUCUGAAGGCAGGCGGAUCUCAGAAUCUGGGCCGACAGGGAUAUCCGGACGGUAAUCUGAAGGCAGGCGGGUCUCAGAGUCUUGGAGGACAGGGAUAUCCUGACGGUAAUCUGAAGGCAGGCGGAUCUCAGAAUCUGGGACGGCAGGGAUAUCCUGAUGUUAAUCUGAAGGCAGGUGGAUCUCAGAAUCUGGGACGACAGGGAUAUCCUGACGGUAAUCUGAAGGCAGGCGGAUCUCAGAACCUGGGGCGACAGGGAUAUCCUGACGGUAAUCUGAAGGCAGGCGGAUCUCAGAAUCUGGGGCGACAGGGAUAUCCUGACGCAGGCAUCAAGGCCGGCUACGGCCCGCGGCCCGGUCAAGCGGCGGGGCCCAGGCUCGCCUGGCGGAGCCUCUCGCCCCGCCGCCACCCCGACUCGAGCGUCGAGGCCGCCCCCUCCCGGGGCCUCCUCGCCGGCGGCGGCCCCGCGGCCGGCGGCGAGGGGGCGGCCGGGGAGGGCGACCGCCGGGACGGCCGCUUUGGCUACCGGGAGCCGGCGGGGGCGGGGGCCCUGCACGACCUGGGCGUGCUCGGGUACCCCGAGGCGGCGCCGUACCCCGCGGCCGAGGCCCUGCGAGAGGCCCAGGGCCCGGACGGCGGCUGGGACGGGCGCAAGGAUGGCUGGGGAGGCGGCAAGGGCUUGGAGGAUGAGGUAAGGAUGGGUGGAGAGGAGGAGGUGGAGGAGGUGGACGAGGUGGAGGGGAUGAGACCAGGCCUGGAGCACGUGGGCACUCGACUCCCCGGUGAGCAUGCUGGACGUCGCGUGAAGAUUUACCUGCCGCUCAGCCUGUUCACAGGGGCUGAUAAGAAGCGGAAUUCGGGGAAGUUGGCGACUGGCGGCCUCAUCAAAAUCUCGCCCAUCGGGCGUAAGCAGACGGUCUCCAGGAAGCUGCACCCAGGAGCUGGGCUCAGCGCUCAUGCAGGGAGCUUCAGCGGUGGGCGCCCCCCGCUGUCUCCGUUCCACUCCACAGCAGCGCUGGAGGCGACGUCACUCGAUCUGCCUGUGAGUGAGGAGCGCAUCAGCCCACCCCACAAAGAGCCGUUCAGCGAUCAGCCAAUCAGAGACGAGCUCAGCAACCCGUGUCUCGUCCCCCUCCUGCAUGAGUCACACUCUGCGUGCGUCAAGGUGAAAUGCUGUGGCAGAGAUUUCUGAAUCUG